AACACACUGAGGUGAUAUAAACUGUGGACACAAGAAAAUGCGUCGAUUGGCUUCGAUUGAGCCUUUUUCAAACAAGCUACCUUACUGUCACUCGUUGUUAUUUCUUGGAACAAGCCUUUCUCACUUACACUCAUUUUUAGGCACCAUACUGGACGUACCUGUUGUGUGCCCUUGGACUCUUUGCCUACCAGUCACUGGAUGCCGUCGAUGGGAAACAGGCCCGAAGGACAAACUCUUGCUCUCCUUUAGGGGAACUUUUUGACCAUGGUUGUGACUCUCUUUCCACAGUAUUGAUGGCCAUCGGAGCUUCAAUUGCUGUGCGUCUAGGAACUCAUCCAGACUGGUUGUUUUUCUGCUCUUUUAUUGGCAUGUUCUUAUUUUACUGUGCUCAUUGGCAGACUUACGUUUCCGGGGUGUUGAGGUUUGGAAAAGUGGAUGUAAAUGAAAUUCAAGUGGGUUUAAUGGCCGUCUUUGUGUUGUCUACAUUUGGAGGAGCAGCAAUGUGGGACUAUACGAUACCCAUUCUAGAAGUAAAAUUGAAGAUCUUCCCAGUUCUUGGAGUUGUAGGUGGAGCAAUAUAUUCCUGUUCAAAUUAUUUCCAUGUCAUCCUCCAUGGUGGAGUUGGCAAGAACGGAUCCACUAUAGCAGGCACCAGUGUCCUGUCACCUGGACUCCACAUAGGAAUAAUUAUUAUACCUGCAAUAAUGAUCUAUAAAAAGUCAGCAACUAAUGUGUUUGAAAAGCAUCCCUGUCUUUAUACCCUAAUGUUUGGAUGUGUCUUUGCUAAAGUCUCACACAAAUUGGUGAUAGCUCACAUGACUAAAAGUGAACUGUAUCUUCAAGACACUGCCUUUUUCGGCCCCGGUCUUUUAUUUUUAGACCAGUACUUUAAUAAUUUUGUAGAUGAAUAUGUUGUUCUGUGGAUAGCAAUGGUCAUUUCUUCAUUUGAUAUGAUUAUGUACUUUAGUGCUUUGUGCCUGCAAAUUUCAAGACACCUUCAUCUAAAUAUCUUCAAGAUUUCAUGUCAUCAAGCACCUGAACAGGUUCAAGUUCUUCCUUCAAAGAGUCAUCAGAAUAACAUGGAUUGAAGAGACUUUCGAACAUUUGCCAUCUCCUGCUGCUGCUGUUCAUGAAAGAAGAUACUUAACAUUAGAUAAGUGUAAUACAUAUUUCAACAAAUAAAAUAUUUCAGUGCUUAUAUUAA